AUAUGCCAUCGUUCUCAAGAUUUGUUUCGUCAAGUAAAACGUAUAAACGAUGGCGGCGGCAAUGGACACAGAUGAACAGGCAGAACAACAAAAUACACUUCAAACAAACCUAAGAAGAUCUAAUUCUGCGCCACUUAUAAAUGGAGCUAAUUUAAAUGAAACAAACCCAACAUACUGUCCAGUCACUCCGCGAUACAGACGUUCGAGCACAAGUCAAAUGGCUAAUGGCAAUCCUUACUCAAAUCCUGUAGGCUCGCCUCAUUCAAGACUUCUUCAAAUAAGAAAGGAAGAGUUUAUGGAUGAGACAGAGCAAGACAGAAUGGUCAAUACAUCAUUAUUGCUCAGUUCAAGCUGUGAAUCAUUAAUGAUGAAUCAGACACGACGAAACGUUAGCAGUCCCUCUUAUUGCAAUGAUCGUUCUCAUGUAAUUGAUGAUAGCUAUUUCCCAUCAUCCACCAGUUCAUCACCUUCACCAACCAGAGCAAUUACACCUAGUUUACCUCGGCUCAUAACCAGAUCUCGAAGUCUAACCCCAAGUCCUGUUCCUAGCCCGACACGACAAAUAUCCAGACGAGCCUUAGUCCUGUUCUUAUUCACAAAGCACUCUCAAUUAUAAAAGAAAAUUUUUUCCCGAUGACCAUAGCAUGCAUAGUCCUGCAAAGAAAGCAUUCUCAGAACCAAUGCAACACACAUCUGAUGAAACUUGUGAAACUACCAAUAAUCACAUCAAUACUGAUGAUGAUUCUGGUAUAGAGACAACAACACCUACAACUCCUGUAACAUCAAUGUUAUAUUGUGAUACCUCUCAUCAUCCUAGGGUAUCUUACUAUCGUCCAAAGAGCACCCCACCAAGAUCACCUUUAGCUCGAUCACUUAGCUCCAAUAGUAAUGAAGAAACAAAGAGAUAUUCAUUAGAUGCAACAACCUGCUUUAACUUUUAUCCUGUUCAAGAUCUCAAUGAAUCGUAAGAUUCUUUGUAGUUAAAAAAUGUGGAAUGUUGAUAUUAAUUAU